CUGUAAGAAGCUUUGACAGAAAGAUUCGCCUUUACAUAAGUUGUUUUUUCUCCUCCCCGACGUUUUAAAUGUUUAACCUAAACUCGCGCUGACAUUUUUCGUUGUCUUUACACUUCCGUGGACAUGGCAGAAGUGUUCUCCGGACGGACACUCCUGAAUAAAGACGGAGACUUCGUGGAGGUUGAAGAAGCGCUGAGGAACAAAGUGGUGGGGAUUUAUUUCUCCGCCGGCUGGUGUCCUCCGUGUCGAGACUUCACUCCCAUCCUCUGCGACUUCUACACUGAACUUGUGGACGAGGCCGAACCUCCGGCUCAGUUUGAGAUCGUUUUUGUGUCCUCCGAUAAAUCGAGCGACGACAUGGUGGAAUAUUAUCACGACAUGCACGGAGACUGGCUGGCACUGCCGUGGACGGACGACUACAAACAUGAGUUGAAGAAGAGGUAUAAGAUCACAGCUGUGCCCAAACUGGUGAUCGUGAAGGAGAACGGCGACGUGAUCACGGACAAGGGCAGGAAACAGAUCAGAGACAGAGGUCUGGCCUGCUUCAGGUCCUGGUUAGAUGCUGCAGAGAUCUUUCAGAACUUCAAGGGUUAGGAACAUUAGAGAUGCACUGAUGCACCUAUAAGCACUGAUUCUAAGAUUAGUUUAUCAGGUAUCUUCCACAUAUGAUGGUCCACUUUCAAAAAUUUUUAGUUCAGUAUGGUGAGUUAAGAGCAGAUAUCAGCCGAUACUGUUUUUACUCAUGCAGGACUCUAUGUCUUUGAUUUGGUUGUAUUGUGCAAAAACAGUUUCUGUCUACUUUUCCAAGUAGUUUCAUGUCUGAUACUUUGAGUCUCUGUGUCAGGAGUACAAAAGUCAGUUCGUGAGUAGAAGCGUAAUGUGCAACAACAGAAAAGGAAGUCUUUUUAUGCCUUUGGGGCUACAGUCUGACUCUAGAGACCUGAACAAAGCCAAAGAGAAAUCUGUUGUUUUUUUUUUUAGUUAAAAUACUAUGCAUUAAAGAUUAAAUUUUGGGUUUUUUUUCACACCUUCAGUCAUAUUAAAACAUUGUUGAUGAUCAAGUGUGUGAGUGCUCUGCUCACCUUUGACGACUGCUUUAUUAACAAGAAAAAUGUAUUUGGAAAAUUAGCAAGGAAGGAAGGAAUGAUCGUGAACCUGUUAGCUAUUAUAGCAUUUACAAAAAGACACCGAACGCUGACAGUAACAAUGAAAAAAUGCUAGCAAUCUGUGUUAUCGUGGAGUGAUAAAACAUCUGUUGAAAUAUGGCCAGCUCUGUGACACCACUUUAUAUCAGCCAUGCACCAGUUUUAGAAGUUAUACAUUAUUGUCAGUUAUGUUGGAAGGAAUUCUAUUGAUAACUACAUUAUAGAGUUUUAAUAUUUAGAAAAAAACAGCUUGAGCUCAACCGCAGGUUCCUUGUUGAUACCAGCGUAUUUCUUUUUCAGAAAAUCAUAUUUCUCUUACACAGCUGAAUUGUUGCCCAGACAUGAAUGCUGAUGAUAUUUUAAUAUGAUUGGUGGUGUAACAAUUAAACUUGUUCUUAAAGCUACAUUGUGCAGGAUUCAGUGUCGUCUAGUGUUGAGGUUGCAUACUGCAUUUUGCCGUCACCGAUUACAGUUCUGUUUCUGAUCACUUUUUAGCUUCUUUGAUGAUAAGCAAUAUGUUUAAUCCUCCCUUUCUCAAAAAUGAGAGUUCUCAAGCUUGUUAGCCUGCACACGCAACCAGUAGAUGGUGUGUAGGGGAGCAACCAUUGAUUCCUUUUCAUUUUCGUCCGUCUUCCAACUGAAAGCAAAAU